AUGGGUACACUUAAUAUGUUGGGGCUUGCAAAGAGAAUUGGGGCUAGGUUUCUUCUAACUAGUACUAGUGAGGUAUAUGGUGAUCCUCUGGAGCAUCCUCAGAAAGAGACUUACUGGGGGAAUGUUAAUCCAAUUGGUGAGAGGAGUUGUUAUGAUGAAGGAAAGCGAACUGCAGAGACACUGACUAUGGAUUAUCAUCGUGGUGCUGGCGUUGAGGUCCGCAUUGCUCGGAUUUUCAACACCUAUGGACCCCGCAUGUGUUUAGAUGAUGGACGUGUUGUUAGCAAUUUUGUUGCACAGGCUAUUCGCAAACAGCCAUUGACUGUAUACGGCGAUGGGAAGCAAACAAGAAGUUUCCAAUAUGUCUCUGAUUUGGUUAAUGGGCUGGCAUCGUUGAUGGAUGGUGAACAUGUGGGACCUUUCAACCUAGGUAACCCAGGAGAAUUCACCAUGUUAGAGCUUGCUCAGGUUGUCAAAGAAACAAUUGAUUCAAGUGCUACAAUAGAGUACAAACCAAAUACUGCUGAUGAUCCACAUAUGAGGAAACCAGAUAUUAGCAAAGCAAAGGAACUGCUAAACUGGGAGCCAAAAGUCCCACUGAGGGAAGGUUUGCCUCUUAUGGUUAGUGAUUUCCGGAAUCGGAUUUUGAACGAAGAUGAAGGUAAAGGAAUGAAAUAA